UUCAAUGAAUGUCCAAGGGAUGAUUUUGAAAAGGAGAGCAACUGAGUUCUUUUGGUUACAUCUUGUUGGAAAUCAAGUAGAAUUGUUAUUUAUGUCACAGUUUUAUUUUUAUUGUGGAAUGUAGAUUUAUAGCUGCAUAAAUCAUAUGUUCCACUUGGACCCGAUCAUUGCUGAGUGAAUACGAUUAGUAUUCCUGCCCUCAAAGGAUAUUGAUUCGGCGCUAUGAAAGAAUGAUAUCCUAUAUACAAGCUUGGCUGCUGGCAAUACCGGAUUUUCUGGAGUUUGAAACAAAUCCUUUGGAUUGUUUGCUGCAAGGGCUUGUGAGCACAUCUGGAAUUUUUGUGCUGUGCUAUCUGUUGAGGGUUGUCCUGUUCAUCCAGGCUUUGAGCAACGAAGAUGGAUCAAACCUCAAAGAAUGCACUAGACCGGCAGAGCUGAGUGCCAAUGGCUGGUUGAGUGCAGCAUUCCAGUUCUGUUGUUUGACUGUAAAUCUGGCGCUGGUGGGCUCUCGGGUGGCCUCCCUCGUGGUUCUUGAGUUUUCUUUGAGACUUGUUUCAUCUUGGGCUACUGCUGGACCGACCUCCCUUCCCAGUACUAGCCUGCAGAUCCUUGUGCACUCCCAGUUCUCCCUGGGCUGUGCCCUAAGUUGCAGUCUCCGCUUCCUCCACGAUGGGGCACCGAAGCGUUCGCUGAACCUCCUCCUGGCUGCGGGACCGAGCUUGCUGCUGGCCGGCCAGUGCGGCCGUCUAUGGCGUCAUGUGGCGACGCUGUACCCGCUGCACAGCUCCCAGUGCAGCUGCGGCAUCUGCGUCAGCCUGCUGACCUCAGGCCACACACUGCAGGCCUUCCUGUGUCACUCUCUCAAACUGAGCUUCGGUGUUGCUGUCAUUGCUGCAAUCUCCACCCUCAACCAUCCCUUCAAAUCAGCAUCGGAAGCCUUGAGGUUUUGGACACCACUGACUGUUUGCUAUGCCCUGCUGGUAGUCUACGUACAAGAAGAACAGCGCCGCUGCUCCAGUGGCACAGCUGCGAGGCGGACGGCGGUGGUGCGGCUGGGCGGCCUGUUGCUGCUCGUGCUGACCGUGGGCCGCUGGACAGAUGUACUGCACGUGCUGCUUUGUUUCCCGGGUGAGGCCUGCUGCCUGAUCCCCUCCCAGGACUUACAGGCCUUAGUGGCCCAGGAGUUGAUUAAAGAGGCUUCCUGCAAUCCCAAGCAGACUGCGAACUCAGACACCUACUCAGAGGAAUCCCCCGAACUUGUCCACCUCCACAGAAAACAUAAAAGUGCUGGGAUCCCUGGGAGGGAAGGGAUCUCCCAGAUGUCUGGCAGUGAUGCGCUGCCUCCUAGUCGAGAUUUAAAAAGCCAAACCUCGUGUACAGUAACAAAACAGGAAUUGUGCAGCAGGUACUGAGCAUCUGACCGGACUCCUGUAUGGACAGGUGGGGCAAAGUGAAGGUGAGUUGCAUGGUGGGACGAGCAUCGCUGAUUCCCACGGUCAAUACUGCACACAAGCAGAACAUGCAAACUCCAUAGAGAUUGAACCAGGUGCAACCCCAGAACCUAGCGCCUGUGAGGCGCCAGAGCAACCCGCUGCACCAUCAUGCCACACAAUUUAAAUCAGGUUUAAAAAGUGCUUCCUACAGAGCUCAGGCUCAUUUUGUCCAAUUUAAGGAAUGCCUGUAAUUGUGAAAAGAAAAAAAUCUGCAAAGAUGUCUCCCCAAUAGAAGUGGUCAAUAUUUCAGUUAAACGCCUUUGUUGGAGUGUAACUUUUGUAUUGUGCUUCAGUGAAAAAUGCUGUAGAGAGUUCCAGAAUACAGAAUGCCUGUUGAAACUGGUCAUUUUCCACAGACCAGCAACACAGCCUAAAAGGCCUUGAGUAUCUUUUGUUUUAAGAACACAGGACACUCAUGGGUGCGUUAAUGUCAG